AUGCCCAGCACCUUCGCUGGACGAGGCCUGCGCUCCUCGUCUCACUUUGCCGGUGUCCCAUCAUGCGGUGCUGCUGCCCCCUUGUCGGCUGUCGUUGUAGCUCUGGGAUGCCGCAUGCGUAACCCCAUGACUUUCCGUCGCCGUCUUAUCCACUCUUCCGAGAAGCGCACCUCCACUCUGGCUGAGAAUCCGGGAGCCGUGACACCUCCUUCGUCCACCGAGCCCGCCCGUGCUCCCCUCUCGGUCCUUCCCCUAACCAUGGUCAUCCGGUCGCUCGGUACCACUGCCAUCGCGUCCUCGCCCCUGCUUCUCACCCCCUCCCUCCGCAUCAUGGACUUUCUCGCCAGCACCCAGAGCCGCUUGUUCAACGCCGAUACCAACCCCUUCCUCCGCUUCUUCCUGAAGAAGACAUUCUACGCCCAGUUCUGCGCUGGCGAGAACCCGGCUGAGGUCCGUGGUUCCAUGGAGAGCCUCAAGGCUAUUGGUUUCAACGGCGUCAUUCUCGGUUAUGCCAAGGAGGUUGUCCUUCCUGAGUCCCAGGCCCAGGCUCUGGCUGCCGGCCGAUCCUUUGAGGAGAACGCCCAAGUUAUCCGUGACGAGAUCGAGCCGUGGGCCGAGGGUGUCCGCGAGACGGUCCGCCUCGCCCAGCCCGGAGACUUUGUCGCCCUCAAGUUCACCGGCGCCGGCUCUGUUGCCCUCUACCAACUCUCCAAGCGCCUGCCCUGUUCUGAAUACCUGUACAAGGCCACCGACUCCAUCUGCCAAGUUGCCUCCGAGAGGGGCAUCCGCCUUCUGUUCGACGCCGAGCAGGACGCUCUUCAGGACGGCAUUGACGACUGGACCAUGCAGUUCGCUCGCAAGUACAACAAGGACAACGCUAUCGUCUUUGGUACCUACCAGGCGUACAAGAAGCGUACCCCUGGAGUCGUUUAUAACCACCUCCAGAUGGCCCGCAACGAGGGAUUCAGCCUUGGUGUCAAGCUCGUUCGCGGAGCGUACAUCAACUCGGACCCUCGCGAAUGCUUCCACGCCACCAAGGAGGAGACGGACGCCUGCUACGACGGCAUCGCCGCCAGUGUCCUGACCCGCCAGUGGAACGCCACCGUUGAGGGAGAGGGUGAGUUCCCUCCUUCAAGCCUUGUCCUGGCGACCCAUAACGGCGAGUCGGUUCGCCGUGCCCGUGCCAUCUGCGAUGCUGGAGCUGCUCGCUCUCCCAUCUCAUUUGCCCAGCUUCAGGGAAUGGCCGACGACGUCAGCUGCGAGCUCGUCGAGGCUAGCAUCCAGCGCCGGAAGCUGGCCGAACCCACUGCCGCCCCCUCUACCUCUGUCAACCUUGCCCCUCUGCCUGCCUACAAGUACAUGGUCUGGGGAACCACGGGCGAGUGCAUGAAGUAUCUUCUCCGUCGCGCUUAUGAGAACAAGGAUGCAGUUAGCCGCACCCGCACCAGCCGCGAUGCCCUAUGGGGAGAGAUGAUCCGUCGCGUUAAGGCUACAUUCAAGCUGGCCUAA